AUUCUUAACGAUCAUGUCCAUUCUUAAGGAGCUCCUCAUCAUUUCUGCGGCGGUCUCUGCGGUUUUCGCCUUUUCAUCCAAUAGAACCACCAGAUUGAUUUUGGACGAAUGGAGAGAACGCACGAAGCAAGAACAUCCAGAGUGCCUGAAAUCGACGGGGGUCAAAGAAGAGUACGUGAAUCAAUAUUGGGAAUCGCUUCAGAUGACGGACGAUGAGAAUUUCAAAUGCUACCUUUGGUGCGUGUUUAAGGCAUUCAAGCUUAUAAGCAAUGACGGUAGCGCCAACGAGGAGAUUAUGGUGCAAAAAAUGGAUAGGGUAACCACCGAUAUUGUGGACUUCUGCUCCGCAAAGGUUGACACUACGACCGGCAAGUGCGACCGUGCCUACGAACUGAUCUAUUGUUGUCUGCACUACAGGCACAUCUAUCUCUAAGGAGAUUUCUAGAACUACGCUCAAAUACAGGGUGUUCAUUUGAAAAUUUUCUACCACGGAUUUAUCGAAAACCACUGACAGUAAAUUAAAUUCUUUCUUUCCCAUAACAAUAAAA